AUGCGUCGCCUGACAUCGAAGAAAAGGUUUAGCUCACUGACCGGCAGAGUUACAGAAGAUGACGAAUUUUCUUUGGAUGAUGACGUCCUUGCCAGGCAACCGUCCUCUACAACGUCACUCUUUAACGACUAUGGUUUCAGUGACGAUGAAGAAGAUGUAAAGGGUUCCUUCAAGAUCCAAGACUCUCUUUACUUUGAUGAAAGCAGAAGGGAAGACGUGAAAGAGAAAAUCAAGACAAAGAAACAACCGAAGCAGCCUCGACCAAGCGGGGCUUUGGAGGAUCUCCUUUCUCCCGCAUUACCGGAACAGGCACAGAAGCAGAAAACAGGAAAACGAUCUCCCAAAGCCAAAAAGAGCAAGAUCAAGUCACGGAAUUCGUCUGACCAGAUAGACAAGAAAACAAGAAAAAAGUCUGUCUCUAAGAAGUCUCCAUCCGUUGGAUAUCUGGACUCCAAGUCGAUAGGAGGAGGUGACCCGCAGUUGGAUUAUCGGAAUCAAAGCUGGAAUCAGUCCACCAGCUCUUUCAUCGAGGUCAACGAAAGCGACUAUGAAACAGACACAGACGACGACUUGGAAUUUGGUGGUUCUGACAGCAAAAAGCAAACGAGCCACAACUCUUUGGUGGAGAGGGCUUUGUCCAAGGAACGAUCUUCCUUAAGACGAAGCUUGUCGAAGAAGAGGGUGAUGGACGCCUUGUCUGUGUCCAACCACAGGAAGGAAAGAGAAGAGGUCUCUGACAACGGUCAGCGAUCUCUUAAACGAAGCCUUUCAGCGAAGAGGAUGAUUGAUGCCCUGGCCCUUUCUAGUCACAAAAAAGACAACGCAGAAGCGGCGCAAAUGAGAACUCGGAGAGCUAUGACCAAAAAGGAUUUUUUGGAGGGAUCUUCGCCAUCCGACUUUAAACCCAAACGGUCCUCUUCGCUCAAGAGUUCAUCCUCACGACACAGGGGCCUGGACACAUCCAACCAUUCUACCAGAUCAUCAUCUAAGCCCAGACUACCCAGAAACAAAAGUUUUGACGAGGAUGCAAAGUGUCUACGAUCGCCUUCAAGUAGCCGAAAAAAGAAGAUUGGCUUGGACUAUUCCAACCAUUCAGAGAGAUCUUCGUCAGUGACUAGAAAAAAGAAUAAAGACUUGGACCGCUCCAGUCACUCGUCGACCCCGAAACGAUCAUCGUCUGUCAAGAGAAAGAAGAAGGAUCAACUGAACCAAUCCACCCAUUUGCCGGAACGCGGGCGACGCAGUGCUUCAAAGACUAGAGUAACUGAGGACUCUGGGUUCUUAUCUCCAGGAUCAACGAAACAGAAAGGACGGCGGGUACCAAUCAAGAAGCAAUCAUCUAAUGUGGACGAUGAGACGACAAGACGGAAACUGAACGAUAUGAGUUUGUCCACUUCCGAGCAUGGGCGACCAAGACGUUCCUCAAGAGUUGGGAAGGAUAGUGAUGAGAACGAGAAGUUGAUGAGAAAAAUGAAACGACGGAAUUCGAGUUCUGGAUAA